UUUGCGGGAGAGCAAUCGUAAAUCGAUUUAUUUAUAAAAGGGACAUCGUCGGCUUAACCAGUACGAUUCGCGUCUUGAGUACGGAACGUUGGGGCUGUGUCAAAGAUCAUAAGCGUGCAAGCGAUUAGAACUACAUAAUUGCCAUUCUACCGGUGUCCAGAAGAUGCUCGCGGCACUCGUGUUGUUCCUCGCCGCCGUCACGGCCCACCAAGAGGAGCCGAUCGUCGAAACGGAGCUGGGCAACGUGCGCGGCUCCACCAGACUGAGCCGUAACGGUCGCAACUACUUCUCGUUCACCGGCAUACCCUACGCCAGGCCGCCGUUGGGCGAACUCAGAUUCAAAAGUCCCCAAAAGUUGGAGCCGUGGACGGGAAUAUUGGACGCUACGCAGGAUGCGUCGCACUGCAUCCAAAAGAACUAUCUGUUCGGGAAUCCGAGGGUGGAGGGUCAAGAGGACUGUUUGUAUUUGAACGUGUUUACGCCGCAGAUCAGGCCAAAAAGAAAUGUGGACAGGAGUGAACUUUUACCGGUUAUGGUUUUUAUACAUUGGGGUGGCUUCUUCGCCGGCUACAGCAGUACCGAUUAUUUGGGUCCUGAAUAUUUUAUGGACCAGAACGUCGUGUUGGUCACCUUUAACUACAGGCUAGGAGUUAUGGGUUUCCUGAGCACCAACGAUGAUGCUGCUCCGGGUAACUACGGAUUGAAGGAUCAGGUUGCUGUUUUAAAUUGGGUCAAGGCCAACGUCAAGCAUUUUGGUGGCAACUCCAACUCAGUAACUAUUUUUGGACAAAGUGCCGGUGGUGCCAGUGUUCAUUAUCACAUGCUAAGUCCCCUUUCCAAAAACUUGUUCCACCGGGCCAUAAGUCAAAGUGGCACUGCGUUUGCCCUUUGGGCUUCACCAGUAAAAAAGGAACAGCUUUUGAUCACCAAAUACCAAUCAAAACUGGUCGGUUGUAAUAUAAACGGUACCAACACGGAGAUGAUUACCUGUCUGAGGGAAGUAAAGGCCGAUGUUUUGGUCGAUAGCAACGACAUGUUUAAGUUGUUCUCAAUAGAUCCGUUGAAUGUUUACGUACCAUCCGUUGAAACCAUGACCAAGAAUAACCCAGAUCCAUUCAUCACCAAGACACCCAAAGAAUACGUGGAAAAUGGGGACUUUAGAAACGUGCCUUGGAUCAUCGGACUCGUACAAAACGAAGGGUUGAUCAGAGCUGAAGCUUUGAUCAGACAGUCACAAACCAGAACUGAACUAAGCAAACGUUUUGACGUACUGAUGCCUCUUCUCGCGGCUUUUAAAAUGAGUGUUUUUGACAAAGACAUACCGGAAAUUUGGCCAAAAGUUAGGCGGUACUACUUCCAAAAUGGUGCGGUAGAUUUCAACAAAACUGAGCACGUUCAAGGAUUAAUAGACCUUUACACCGACCGUGCCUUUGCUUACUCGUCGUACCAGGCAGCUUUGUAUCACAAGUACUUCAACCACAAGGACAUUUGGUUCUACAAUUUUGACUACAAAGGAACGUUUUCAUACGGUGAACCCUUCGCAGGUACAAACGAAACGUUUCCAUAUCAAUGGGGCGUUUCACACUGCGAUGAGCUCGUCUACUUAUUCAAAUCGCCAGCCCUUUUCAAUAAAAAUCUCUACGGGCACGACCUAAGGAUGAGCGAAAGCUUGGUGUGGUUCUGGACUAAUUUCGCCACCCUCGGCACGCCAAAGAGUGCCUGGCUAAAACUGGAUAAUUUUGAAAACAGUACCGACAAGAACUUGAGAUACAUGAACAUGGGGGGCUGCAAAAUUGCUGGACCGAAGUACAAAAUGAAAUUGGGUUUGCACAAGGACAGAAUGCAGUUCUGGGAGAAUAUUAAACUGUUUGAGAAUCUGAAGGUGCUCAACGAAAGUGUCUAUGACCUCUAAGAUGGUCCAAUGAUAGAGAACAAAUAUAUUUAUGCUGAGCUGUGAUAAAUUAUUUGUAUGGCAAUUUAUGGUUAGACUUUUAUUUAAUCUUGAAUAAAUUAACAUACAUGAUA